UCCAGGUCAUGCGCACUAUCGUGUAAACACGUGCGAAUUUGAAAACUUUGAGGGAAAAUGUCUUUUAAAAAACUCACUUAGAAUUGUAAAGUUUUUGCUACCUCCAUUUUUGCAAUGGAGGAAGAAGUUCAUUUGAAAGAUAAAAUAAAAUCAGGCGAAGACGACGAUCCGGAUUAUGUUUCUGUAGCGGUCGAGAAAAGCCAGAAACAAACCAGCCUCAGCUUACAACAACAAGAUGCCAAAGAUCUCGCAGUCAACAAAAUCGAGAAAAUUAUUCAGGAUCAAUUCGCGCUGGAAAUUCGCCUGAAGGAGAAGGAAGUGGAGCUAAUAGAUCAUAGGAUAUCUCAGACGAAGGCCAUGUUGGACAGGCUGCGAGCCUGUGUUUUAGCGAGAUAUUACGGGACAUCCGAAAGGCUACUGGCGGGGGAGGGGUUGAAUUUGAGGCGGCGCACCAGACGAACUGUCAGCGGUAGGAGCGGUCACGUGUUUGGGAUUGGAGGAAUGAUGAAUGGGAAUUGGAACGGCACGGAAUGCAACACAAUAAAUAAAUCAGUUGACCCUGGACUGAAAACUCAAGAAAAUGCCAUUAGUGAAUGUUUAACAGAUGUAAUUAGGGCAUCUGAAAGAACAUCUAGUAGUGCAUUCACACAGUCUGAAACUAAUAAAGAUAAUUCUACUUUACAUAAACAUGAGAAGGACUGUAAUUGGCUAGCUACUGAGGCAGCAGUAGGGCCAACAGCAGGUCCCAUAACAACUAGCCAAUCAGGAGGCAAAGCUACUUUGAGCAAAGCUGGACAAAAUUCUACAACUUGUGUCACUGUUGUAGGGUCUAGAUUCUAUAUCAAGAAAAGGAUAAUAAUAGGUAAUACCUCUAAAUACAUUCCGGUAGAAAGACGAGAAGAGAAUGACAAAUCUACUCACAAAUGGAUGGUGUAUGUGCGUGGACUUCCUGACGAUUUGCCAAUCCAUAGUUAUGUACAGAAUGUUUGGUUCUUCCUUCAUCCAAGCUAUCGGCCUAAUGAUAUUGUAGAAAUCAAGAAGCCGCCUUUCCAGAUCACUAGAAGAGGCUGGGGGGAGUUUCCUAUUAGGGUGCAACUUCAUUUUGUGGACAGUAGGAAUAAGCGUGUUGAUAUUAUUCAUGAGUUAAAACUAGAUAAGACAUACACGGGGCUUCAGACAAUGGGAGCAGAGACUGUUGUUGACCUUGAGAUAGAGAGGAGAACGUUUGUUGAUCUAGGGCUCCCUGUGCCAGUCAACAAACCUGUCUUAUCUUCAGUGAAUGCAAAAACUCGUAGCCCUUUGCCCUCAUUCAUUCCCAAGGAUGAGAAGCCUAUUAAUCAAGAUGAUUUGAAGGUGAAACUAGAUGAAAUCAUUGAUGCAGGAAAAGAUUCACCUCAUGGAGAUGACAUUACGCAGGGCCCUAUAACUAAUGCGUCAUUGUCAACUUGUUUUUCCUCAUCCACAAAUAGCCAGCUUGCCCGUAGUCCAGAAAGCCCUGUAAAUAUUAAGUUAGAAAGACAACUUCAACAUGCUGCAACAUGUUGCCCUCUAAUCCAUGCCGAUAGGAACGUCACUAGAUUCCCAUAUUGUGCCGCAAGUCUUAGCCAAUACUUGAGUUGGAGUUUGAUGAAGAGGAGAGCAGCCGAGUGGCAACGAGCGCUGCACAUUACUAGGCACCUGAAGUCCUGUAACAUCUCAAGUGACCUCACCACCAAACAGGUCAUGAUCUGGUGCCGUUGUUAUGGCUACACCCCCACCCCCACCCUCCCAAGUGACCAAGACCUCUUGUACUGUUGUGGGUGUGGCACGUCAGAGCUUGGUGCUAGCGAUGGUGAGAAUGUAGAAGAGGAUAGCAAAGAAAUACAUCUAACAUGCCACUCCAUGCGCAAAUCACCCCCUGAUACACACACAACCUCGGUUGAACUGAUUGAAAGCUUGGAGGCCAGAGAAAGGGAACUUUCAAGGGCUAGAACGAUUGAUGAGGAGGAUGAAGAUGUGGAUGUAACUAGCAUUCCUAUUUCAAGACGUCUGGGCAUUUGCACCCAAGCUCUCACAACUUUGCCAACCCCCAUUACGGUAGAGCAGCUAUGGAUCAAAGACGUGUGUAAUGAGAUAGGUAUCAGCCUAAGACCUGUAGUCCACCACGGGGUGGAGGUGCAUGCAGUGGAAUCUGCCCUGUUCACCCUCACAAGGAGGUUUGCGGAGGAUUUGAUGCGGAAAGCUCUUAGUCUAAGCUCGACCUCACGUUCCACCCUUGAGCCGCGAGUUCUGGUCCCUGGCAUGAUCUACGCUGCCCUGAGGUCUAUGGAAUGCUGGGACUUUCUUACUAAUGUCCAUACUGGACACAUGGUCACUGACAAUACUAUAGCUAAGAACCCGACAAGCUGAAGCUGGUAACUGAUCUAUCUAGGAACCCUUGUGAUAUUCUGAGAAAUGACAAGAGAUAUUGGGAUAUUCUAAGAAAUGGCGAGUAGUGUUCUAGGAACCCUUGAAAUGUUCUGAGAAGUGACAAGAGAUAUUGAGAAAUUCUGAGAAAUGACGAGUGGUGUUCUAGGGCCCUUGUGAUAUUCUGAGAAAUGAUAAGUAGAGUUCUAGGAACUAUUGUGAUAUUUAAAAAAAAUGACGAGUAAAGUUCUAGAAUUCUCGUGAUAUUCUUAGAAAUGACUAGUACAAUUCUAGGUAAUCUUGUGAUGUUCUGAGAAAUGUCGAGAACAGCUCUAGAAACCCUUGAAAUAUUUUAAGAAAUGAUGAGCACAGUUCUAGAAACCCUUUUAAUGUUCUGAGAAAUCACGAGUAGAGUUCUAGAAACCCUCCUGAUAUUCUUAGAAAUGCUGAGUGUUGUUGUAGGAAUCCUUGUGAUGUUCUGAGAAAUGACGAGAACAGUUCUAGGAACCCUGUACUAAUACCCAUAUUGGGCAUGUGAUCGCUCAGGAUCCAAAAGACACGAGUGGUAUGUGAGAGGAAUGGACUAUGAUGCUGAUGUCCAUAUUGGGCAUGCGAUCACUGGGGACAUGUCUGCAAAGGUUUGAAAUAAAUAUGCAGAUGGACGAUUGCAUGUUAUUACAACGUGCCAUGAAAUAUCGAGCAAUUGUCACAGGGGCUUUUUCCUUUAAAAUAUAGUCAUAUCUUGACCAAUACAAAGGAUCUAAACGU